AUGGCUCCAAACGCCGGGCCGCUCCGUAGUGUUCAAUGUCAACGCACGGCGAACGUGUCUCGCGAAAAAAAAAUUAUUAUGACGAUUUGUGCAUUGAGAAGUAAACGAACUUUAUUUCCACACUUGUUAAAAUUACAACUUAUAGGAGUAUUGCGUGUUGUUGUUCAAAGGAUUCCCAUCGACCCUGUUAUUGCUGACAAGUGGGUGAAAAAUAUAAGGCUUAGUCGUGGAGAAGUAUAUUGGAAGCCAACCAAAAAUACACGAAUAUGUUCAAAACAUUUUAAGAAUGAAGAUAAGUACAUAACACAGGGUGGAUCGUGUAGGUUGCGUCGAAAUGCUGUCCCUGUUAAGGAUUUACAUAUUUCAUGCACAGGCACAGAUGAUCAAUUGGAUGAAGAAGAUAAUGUGGAUGAGAUUUCACCUGUUCAUGGGCUAUCGGGUUUAAAUGCUGCUGAAGACAAAACGGAAGGUGUUCGUGGAGCUUCAAAUAGAAAUUUAGUUACUGAAAGUUCAUCGCAGCCUAGUACGUCACGCGGGAAUGUGAGGCGCCCAUCAGACGACGAAUUCGACUAUAUAUUCGACACUCCUCGUAAGGCCCUCCUUCGAAAAAAGUUAAAGAAAAGCACAUUACUUAAUCUCAAACAUAGAAAAGUUAUAAAAACUUUAAAACAAAAGACCCGGCGUCUCCAAAAGAGGAAUAAAUCGCUCAAAGGAAUUUUAAGUGAACUACAAAAAAAGAGAUUCAUUAGUCGUAGGCUACAUUGCAGGGAAUGUUGCGAGAUACUUAAUGAAAAAAAUUAA